AUGUCGUCCCAAUCUUAUGAACGUUCAAAAUCAAAUAAUUCAUCAAUGAAUGUAACAAUAGUAGCAUCAGGUUCAUCAUUGAUAGAUUUACUUAAUCAACAAACGUCUCAAACAACAAGUAAAGAUGAUUCAACACCAACUAUGCUUAGUGAAAAUAUUAGCCGACGACGUACUCAACAGACUCGUAAUUCAGAAUCAAAUGGUAGAGAUAAUGAAAGAUUAUCAACAUUAUUCAAUACAACUGGUCGCGAACGAAAUACUACAGCACCUUUAAAACAAUGGCUUUAUGAGCAUCAACAUCAUCCAUAUCCAACAGAAAAUGAACGAAAAGAAUUAAUGGAAAAAACAAGUAUGUCUGCAUAUCAAAUAACAACAUGGUUUACAAAUGCUCGUGUACAAAUGCGUAAAGAAAAAACAUUAAUUUCAAAAAAUGAAGAAAAACAAGAAAAUAAUAUAAAACAAAAAAAAAAUUCAAAUCAUGUUCAAACAACUAUAGAUUUAACAAUAUCAUCUGAUGAUGAAAAAGUUGAAUUACAUAUUAAUUCACCAAUUUUAUUAAAUCAAAAACAAAUCGUUUUGGCAUAUUCUUGUUUAUAUAAUUAUCAAAUUGUUGAACUUCAUCGUUUAGAAUCGAUUUAUCCUAAUCAAUUAUCAAUAUCUGGUUAUGUUAAUGAUCAAACAACUCAUUUAAUUAUGGGAAAUGAAGAAAAACCUUUAUUAUGUCCAUUAACAUUGAAAUUAUUUCAAGGAAUAGCUCGUCAUUUAUAUAUCAUGUCAUAUCAAUGGAUUAUUCAAUGUAUAAAACAAAAUAAUAUUAUUGAUGAAAUUAAUUAUGAAAUACGUGGUGAUAUUCCAUUUGGAGAAUAUCAUGAUGGAAUGAAAAGAAGUCGAUUAUCAAAAGAAGUUAAACUAUUUGAAAAAUGUCAGUUUUUUAUUUUAUGUGAUGGUUGUCAAGGUAGCAUGUCAAAAGAUGAACUAUCUGCUUUAAUUCAACUAUGUCAUGGUUCAAUUCUUCCAACAUUUCCAUUAACAGCAACGACUGAUAAUUCAACAUUCACUAUUGUUCUUUGUAACGCUUUAAGUCCAUUUGAUUCUGCUAAUCAACAACAAUUAUUUGAAUUAUCUCGUUCAAAUGGUAUUCAUUUUCUUGAUCCUGAAUGGAUUAUUGCAUCAAUUAUUCAAUUUGCUUUACAACCUUUUGAUUGUUAUGAAGAAAAAUUUUAA